CUCUUGCCUUCAGUCUGUCGGUGCUGCUGGAACCAAGAAGUACUCUUGUUUGGCUGGCUCUUUGUUGUUUUUCUUUGUUUUGUUUUUUAAUUCCAUCGCGCUCUGUUUAUUUCGUUUGUUGUUGUGGACUUUGGAACACCAUUUCUUCGAUUUUGGUCAUCGUCUAUUCGUGGCAAACAUGAAUUGCUAUUUGAACGUGAAUUAACAGCAUCUCGCCGACAGUUGUUGUUGUUGUCGCCCUUUGAACUUGUCGUUUUCGUCUGUCACACUGGAAGUGAUAUAACAGUGCCAACAAAAUAUUUCAAAAGGAAAUACAACGAAAAGGAAAACCAAUGCGACUGACUAGGAACACGGCGUCGGGCUGGCUCAUUCGGCUGGUUCUGACCGCCGCCCUUCUUCUCUGGGAAUACGCCGCCGCUAAUGGUGGUAAACCACCACGGAUCACGGAACAUCCGUCGGACGUGACUGUACCUCGCCACGACCCGGUGACAUUGCAAUGCUCCGCAGAUGGAUACCCGACGCCAGUCAUCGAGUGGUACCGGGACGGCGAAUUCAUCAUCAGUUCCAGCAGCAACAGUGCCAGUUCCACUACGUCGACGGCUUCCUCACGCAUCCUACUACCAGGCGGCGCCCUGUUCUUCCUGCGGGUCGUUCACAGCCGCAAAGAAAACGAUGCCGGAGUCUAUUGGUGUUUAGCGCGAAAUUCGCAAGGAGUGGCCCGUUCACGCAACGCUACGCUCACCAUCGCACAUUUACAAACCGAGUUCAGGACGAUGCCUCAGCCCGUGCAAGGCAUCGCCGGUGAUUCAGUCGUUCUAGAAUGUGAGCCACCUCGCGGUCAUCCAGAGCCACAAAUCCGCUGGAAGAAAAACGGACAAUCGUUGGAGCUCGAUUUGGAUCUCGGUGUUGAUUCUGACCGGAUCCGAGUGGAGGAGAGCGGCAACUUAGUCAUCACCAAAUUGGCAGCCAGCGAUCAAGGACGAUACGUUUGCGUUGCCCAAAACACAGUGGGUACCCGCGAGACUUCACCAGUUUUGUUGACAGUCAACGUUCGCCCGGGAGUCAUUCGCCCACCUCAAGACAUCACAGCGCUAGUCGGCAGUGACGUAAAUUUUGAAUGCGGAGUGACUGGUGAUCCGACUCCCGUCGUAACCUGGCGACGGGUGGACGGAUCUCCGAUGCCUGCCAACGGACGGACCAGGCCUGUUGACCACAACAAAUCUGGACUAGUUUCCGUUCUACGAAUCGAGCGAAUCAGCGCUUCAGACAGUGGCCGCUAUCUGUGCAACGUUGAAAAUUCAUUAGGGUCGAGUUCUGCGUGGGCACAAUUGACCGUUCUAGUUCCCCCUACCUGGGAUUUCGGUUCUACCGCUGGUGGAAAUAGUCAGCCUAAUAACUCUCCUUUGCCGAAAGAAGCGAGAGCUCACGCCGGCCAAACGUUCACGUUGGAUUGCCCAGCCGACGGGUCACCGAAACCGCUCAUCUUCUGGAACAGAGAAGGACGAGCGCAACCCUAUUUUGCCAAUGCCGCUGACGGAGAUUCGCAAUCAAGGUGGAGUGUCCUAAGUAAUGGCACUUUGGUGAUCCGCGAUGUGCGCAGGGAGGACGCGUCUGCGUUGUGGUGCGCCGCCGUCAAUGAAGCCGGCAGUUUAAUGGCUCGUACGAGAUUGGAAGUCAUCUCAAUUUCGAAACCACCUCCGGUUGUCAUAGAGGUUGGGCCGGCCAACCAGACGCUUCCAACCAAAUCACCGGCCUCGCUACCUUGCCAAGCGGAAGGCCAACCAGUCAAAUGGACGAAAGAUGGCCGACCGCUAAACGUCAGUUUGGCCAUGGACACGUUCAAUACUGGUGGCUCGCAGGGAUCGCAUCACUCGCGAAUCAGCCUCUCCGAUUCUGGUUUAUUGAUGAUUGACGACUUGCAGCUAAGCGACGCGGGAACGUACACAUGCGAAGUCGGCGAGGACGAUCAAUUUGCCGCCUGGACAGCGACCCUGGCUGUUGCGAGUCCCACCAAUCCCAACGUGGUUUUCUAUCGCAGUCCUAGCGAUCCAAUGGCUCUACCAGGAUCGCCUUCUCAGCCUCGUCUUCUUCAAAAGACGUCCACUAGUUUGACGAUUGGAUGGCAAAGCGGGUCGAGAAUGGGAGCAUCAACUCUUCUCGGCUACACCAUCGAAGUUUUCAAUUCAGCCGAGGACGACUACGAUGGCGAAUCAGCCCGUCCCAGGCAAGGUAGUUGGACGUGGACUGGACCUUUCGUUCAAGUGAAACGAUCUUGGCGGAUUGUCACGCGCGGUUUGAAAGCAGACCAGUUCACUUUGAACGAUCUUCAACCGGCGACGUCUUACACUUUCCUAGUACGAGCUGAGAAUAAUCACGGGCUUUCGCUUCCCAGUCCCGUAUCUCCCUGGUUCACGACGUUACCCGCAACAAAGCACAACGGACAAGGACAGUGGCAAUCAGCAGCUGAACUAGAGGAUGUCCGGCUACGGCUUUCCGCCCCACGGCUUCGUUUGGAUCAAGCUCGCUCUAUCAAUUCGACGAGCGUUCGCCUAUCUUGGCAAUUAUUAGAUGGCGAUAGCGACACGACCCUCGAUGCUAUUCACGUAUGGUACCGCCGAGCAGAGGCAAAUAAUGAUUCCGACGAUGAUGAAACUUUGAAUGAAGAAGUUGUCAUUCCCAUGAACCGGAUCAUGUCUGCAAACCACCUAGGAUCGUUCUCUCACACGCUGGGCGCAUUGUCGCCGUAUACGCGAUACGUUUUCUUCCUAGUUCCGUCAUUUCGUAACGUCCUCGGACAACCAUCAAACAGCAAAAUGGAACGCACCAUGGAAGCAGUACCAGCCGGUCCACCUUUGAAUCUGGUUGUCAGACAAUUGAACGCCACAAGUGUAUUGGUUCAGUGGCUACCACCACCAAUUGCCUUACGAAAUGGCAACAUUACUUCCUAUCAGAUAAGCGUAGCUUUGGAUGGCACGAAUCCCAGAACUUUACUGGCAAAUCUGACCAUCCCAGCCUUACCGACGUCCGUUGUGAUCGGAGGACUGAACACGAAUACAGCCUAUUCCAUUCAGGCGGCUGCAUGGACGCUGAUGGGCCUAGGACCGACCAGUCCACCCGUAGUCUAUCGAAUGGAACCCGUGAUUUCGUCAUCGGCCACUAAUGUUCGGUCAGGUUCGUCUCCUUCACUGGCCAAACCUUCGGACGAUGAGAAUUCGAUGGGUGGAUCAGAUUCAGCUCCGCAGGGAGUAACACAGGUGGUGCAAGAAACUUGGUUCAUUCUCCUGCUCGGUGGAAUAUUAUUGGCGAUUCUUUGUCUGCUCGUGGCCGCACUUCUUGUGCGUCGCAACCUGGCCAAAAAGAAAGCAUUGUCUGCGCUGAGUAAGUCCGAUCCCAUCGUCGACGCAAGCUGUCAUGGGAUGGUUGGAGGAGUAGCUGGAACGGUCCGUGGCCGUGAAGCGUUUUGGUCUCGCGGCUGGUCGACAUCCAUUGGAAACGCCAAAGAAAUGGAUGCCCAGGCAACGCUUUUACCUCACGGUGUAGGAACGACCGCCAUCAUGAAUCGCUCUUUGGUCCCCCCGCCGGAGUAUGCCGAGCUUCUAGGUCACGGGGCCAAUCAAGAUCAAUCGCAACAUCAACAUCCGGGACAGUUAAGUCUCAGUUCCUUUUUGCCGAGACGCAACCCCAACGUCCAGCAACCCCACCCAGCAGCGUACGCGACAACGACCUUGGUUGCCCACCGCAACAACGCCAGCAACAGUCAACAGCACUGCGUCAAUCACGAUCCUUACGCCGCUUCAUGUUCGGCCUUUUCUGCAUCGGAUUCGAGUGGAUACACCACCGACGAACUCGGCGAUCGUUGCCGCCGUCCGUACCCCUCUGGAAUCAGCUCUAAAAGCCGACAGAGCAACGGCAGUAACGGUGUUAAGCCGUUGCCCAAUCUGGGCGAGUUACUUCCUCCUCCGCCACGUCAUCCGCCACCCAUCAACCCUUCGCAGGGUAUAUUUGAUCGGCAAAACAGUGAGGCAUUGGCCAACCAUUUAGCUAUGAAGAACGCGUCCUUGAAUGGACCUUUACCGGUCCACUCGUCCCCAGCACUGUCCAAGAGAAAUGUCAUAUCGAAUGCGGCAGUGAACGGACAAGGGGCGAAUCAAGCAAGACGAUCUUCUAGCUCCCCUUUGGCCGGUGGUACUAGCCAACACAGCGCAACUGGCUCUCACGGUUCGCAUUACACCCCCGACCACUAUCAAACUGUCGGUGGCCAGCAGUAUCUACCGGAGCAAAACGAUGACGUAAGCGACUCGGAAAGUAAUGAGUACGCUUACGCUUAUCAUAACCCUAUUGAGAAUGUGAGAUCGACUGGAAUGCCUUCCGUCAACCACGAUCAAUGCAAUAUUUCCUAUCCGCGCCACAACAGCUAUUUGAGGCCGUUUAACUCGCAUCAGAAUCAUCAGGGACCUAAACAUCUCAACACCAACAUGAGCAGCUACGAUCCACAACAGCCCCGAAGUCUGACAAGUCACUUGCUACCGAAUGGAUCGUGUUUUACUGAUCGCGUGGUCCAACUGGGCAACAUCCAUUCGGUUGAGUCGCCGAGAAUUCCUGUAAAGAACUUUACCAAUGGCCCAGAUUUCUCCUAUGAAUCCUCGCAUAAUUGCCACGGGUUUAGCAAUGGUCAGGAACGAUCGCAGUCUGAAUGCCACAAUUUCGAAGCUGAUGGCGACGAUGAAGACGACAGCGGAUCAGAUGAUGUUGGCUGCCAGGGUGAGGUUGGCUGUGAUCAUAAUGAUACCGAAUCUUCGUUGUAUGCAGAGGCCGAUAACUACGAUGUGCAUCUUGCUGCUCAUCAGCCGAGGGAAUGAAUUCGGAGCCAAAUUAUUAAAAACAAAAAAAAACAAAAAAACAAAUACACAAAAAAGGCCUAUUUUUUUAAGACAAUUACCUAAUAAUUGCAUGUUCCCUGUAUAUAAUCUCGUUCAAUUUCAACAAGUUAUUGUCUAGUCAUGUGGAAGCUUGUUUGUAUGAUACAUGUACAGCUACAAUAAACGCGGGUCAUUCCAUGCAAAGAGA